AUGUCAGAAGCAACAGAACCUACCAAGGAAAAGCCAGUCGCUCCAGCUGAAUCUGACGAGGAGGAUGACGACAUUGACGCUUUGAUCGAUGAGUUGCAAUCUCACCACGGUGGUGUCGCCGACGAAGAGAGCGAUGACGAAAACGUCGCUGCCGGUGAGGCCAGACCUGUUCCAGAGGAACUUCUACAAACUGACCCAUCCUUCGGUUUGACCUCUGACGAAGUCCAAAGAAGAAGAAAGAAGUACGGUUUGAACCAAAUGGCCGAAGAAAACGAAAGUUUGGUCGUUAAGUUCUUGAUGUUCUUCAUCGGUCCAAUUCAAUUCGUUAUGGAAGCCGCUGCUAUUUUGGCUGCCGGUUUGGAAGAUUGGGUCGAUUUCGGUGUUAUCUGUGGUUUGCUAAUGUUGAACGCUGGUGUCGGUUUCAUCCAAGAAUACCAAGCCGGUUCUAUUGUCGAUGAAUUGAAGAAGACCUUGGCUAACUCUGCCCUAGUUGUCAGAGACGGUAACUUGGUCGAAGUCCCUGCCAACGAAAUCGUUCCAGGUGAUGUCAUGCAAUUGGAAGAUGGUACUGUUAUCCCAGCCGAUGGUCGUUUGAUCACCGAAGGAUGUUUCUUGCAAAUCGAUCAAUCUGCUAUCACUGGUGAAUCUUUGGCUGCUGACAAGAGAUUCGGUGACCAAGCUUUCUCUUCUUCCACUGUUAAGAGAGGUGAAGGUUUCAUGAUCGUUACUGCCACUGGUGACAACACUUUCGUCGGUAGAGCCGCUGCUUUGGUCAACAAGGCCGGUGGUGACGUUGGUCACUUCACUGAAGUUUUGAACGGUAUUGGUACUAUUUUGUUGGUUUUGGUUAUCAUCACUUUGUUGGUCGUCUGGGUUGCCUGUUUCUACAGAACUGACAAGAUUGUCAGAAUCUUGAGAUACACCUUGGGUAUCACCAUUAUUGGUGUUCCAGUCGGUUUGCCAGCUGUCGUUACCACCACCAUGGCUGUCGGUGCUGCUUACUUGGCUAAGAAGCAAGCUAUCGUCCAAAAGCUAUCUGCUAUUGAAUCUCUAGCUGGUGUCGAAAUCUUGUGUUCCGACAAGACCGGUACUUUGACCAAGAACAAGUUGUCUUUGCACGAACCAUACACUGUCGAAGGUGUUGAACCAGAUGACUUGAUGUUGACUGCUUGUUUGGCCGCUUCCAGAAAGAAGAAGGGUUUGGAUGCUAUUGACAAGGCUUUCUUGAAGUCUUUGGCUCAAUACCCAAGAGCCAAGGCUGCUUUGACUAAGUACAAGGUUUUGGAAUUCCACCCAUUCGACCCUGUCUCCAAGAAGGUUACUGCUGUUGUUGAAUCUCCAGAAGGUGAGAGAAUUAUCUGUGUUAAGGGUGCUCCAUUGUUCGUCUUGAAGACCGUCGAAGAAGACCACCCAAUCCCUGAAGAUGUCCACGAAAACUACGAAAACAAGGUUGCUGAAUUGGCCUCCAGAGGUUUCCGUGCCUUGGGUGUUGCCAGAAAGAGAGGUGAAGGUCACUGGGAAAUCUUGGGUGUUAUGCCAUGUAUGGACCCUCCAAGAGACGAUACUGCUCAAACUGUCAACGAAGCUAGACGCCUAGGUUUGAGAGUUAAGAUGUUAACUGGUGACGCUGUCGGUAUUGCUAAGGAAACUUGUCGUCAACUAGGUUUGGGUACCAACAUUUACAACGCUGAAAGACUAGGUCUAGGUGGUGGUGGUGACAUGCCAGGUUCCGAAUUGGCCGAUUUCGUUGAGAACGCUGAUGGUUUUGCUGAAGUUUUCCCACAACACAAGUACGCUGUCGUUGAAAUCUUGCAACAAAGAGGUUACUUGGUUGCCAUGACUGGUGACGGUGUUAACGAUGCUCCAUCUUUGAAGAAGGCUGAUACCGGUAUUGCUGUCGAAGGUGCUACCGAUGCUGCUAGAUCUGCUGCUGAUAUUGUUUUCUUGGCCCCUGGUUUGUCUGCUAUCAUUGAUGCUUUGAAGACUUCCAGACAAAUUUUCCACAGAAUGUACUCUUAUGUUGUCUACCGUAUUGCUUUGUCUUUGCACUUGGAAAUCUUCUUGGGUCUAUGGAUUGCUAUUUUGAACAACUCUUUGAACAUUGAUUUGAUCGUUUUCAUUGCCAUUUUCGCCGAUGUUGCUACCUUGGCUAUUGCUUACGACAAUGCUCCAUUCUCUCAAAAGCCUGUUAAGUGGAACCUACCAAGAUUAUGGGGUAUGUCCAUCAUUUUGGGUGUUAUUUUGGCCAUCGGUACUUGGAUCACCUUGACUACCAUGUUUGUUCCAAAGGGUGGUAUCAUCCAAAACUUCGGUUCCAUUGACGGUGUUUUGUUCUUGCAAAUCUCCUUGACUGAGAACUGGUUGAUUUUCAUCACUAGAGCCGUCGGUCCUUUCUGGUCCUCUAUUCCAUCUUGGCAAUUGGCCGGUGCUGUGUUCGCCGUCGAUAUCAUUGCUACCAUGUUCACUUUGUUCGGUUGGUGGUCUCAGAACUGGAACGACAUUGUCACUGUCGUCCGUGUCUGGAUUUUCUCCUUCGGUGUCUUCUGUGUCAUGGGUGGUGCUUACUACAUGAUGUCUCUAUCUGAAUCUUUCGAUAGACUAAUGAACGGUAAGCCACUAAAGGACAAGCCAGCUUCCAGAUCCGUUGAGGACUUCUUGGUCGCUAUGCAAAGAGUUUCUACUCAACACGAAAAGGAAAACUAA